AAAAAAUCUAUAUAAACCUGACAAGUUCUAGUUAAAUUGUUUCACUAUUUUGAACGAGAAAAUGAGAUAUACUUCUUUAUCUGGUCUAUUGAUACCGGUUUAUUUGGUCGUCAUCGUGAUUUCCAAAUUCUUCGACUGUCAAGUUAUCUGCAAAAACCCCGGAUUAGCGACACAUGAAAAUGUGAUUUCGGAAAAUGGUUCAUAUAAAUAUCCUCAUCAUUAUUAUUACUCACGAACAAUACGUCACAAUCAGACGUAUCCAGUUUUUAGUGACAGUUCUAAAAAAUUUAGUACCACUCAGAAUGUUAUACCGAAAUUUUCGUUUAAAUAUUACGGUAAUAACGUAACUAGAUUUGUGAUUUCUCGUAAUGAUAACUUGACAGUCGAAGAAUUUGGAAAUCACGAUGACGACCAAAUAAACCGGUAUCAAUAGACCAGAUAAAGAAGUAUAUCUAAAAUGGUUGAUAUGAAGAAAACAAUGUUAUCUCGUUGAAUCAGAUCGAAAUCCAUAUAGUACACACAAUAACUUCGUGUGUUCAGUCAACACUCACCUCAUUUUCUCGUUCAAAAUAGUGAAACAAUUUAACUAGAACUUGUCAGGUUUAUAUAGAUUUUUUAAAUUAAGUUGUUCAAAACACGACUCCAUUGAAAAAUGCCAAAAUGUGACAACAUCAAGUGUGAAAUGUAUCUGGUAUGAAGAAGCUAAUAUGUGCAUUAACAGCGAUGAUAAUGAUAGUCAUGAAUUGGAAGAAAAUAUUUACCUUGUUACAGUAAGUAAUUGUUAAGAUUCAUAGAUUGUUUACAACAUUGCUGUAUUCCAC